AAAUAUGUUUUAAAAUUAUAAUAUACCAAAAAGAAGGUUUCAUUUAAACUUUCAAACAAACAAUUCAUUAUGGUCUCUUCGAUGGAAGUGUAUAAAAAUAACGACUAUGUUAUUUAUAAAGAUGAAAAUAUUGACAAGACAAAUACGAAAAAUUUUGUAUAUUAAAUAAGCAUCGUCCUUUUAUUAGGUAACUUUGUACCACAAACGAAUUAUCAAUGUGAGCGGAUAAGCCUUGACCGGAUAAAAGUUAACCCUCCAUGUUCCAGCUUUGCGCACGAACAAGUUUGUAUUUCCUAUCCCUAGAUUCCGAUUCGCAGAUUGCUCACCUUGUUCGUACUGGUCGAGAGCGCUAUACUGCCGUCCAACAUGCUGCUGGAUCUGGGCAGACGUACAAACAUAUCCAUGGAGAAGUACCAACAAGCGGAACAGGCGAUACUGACAUCGCACACCCAUCUGAAUCACGGAUCACCGUCAUGGUUCCUCGGCGCGUCUCACGAGAUGACCGAACACGCUCAGAACCUGUCCAGGAAGGCCUUGCGAAUCGAAACGAUGGCUGUGAUGUUGGUAGAGGCUUUGAACAUGUCCUCUAAAGAAGCAUCCUCCGUGUUGCCUUCCGUGGCUGCUAUCAGUUGCAACGGUUCGCCCACAUUUCUGCAGCUGACGAACACCUGCGAGAACGUGGAUCCUCGUUACAGAACGCACACCGGGAAAUGCAACAACGGUUUGCAUCCGUCAUGGGGUGCCGCCAUGGAGGCUUACGUGAGAUUUUUACCGGCGGAAUACGUGGACGGCGUUUCUUUGCCGCGGACGGAUUUGCCCAGCGCCAGGGAGGUCUCCUUGGCGGUGCACUCGGGAGGAUCCGAUCUUAAACAUCCGUACCUGAUGGCGCUCACCGCGUUAUUUGGACAGUUUCUCGUUCACGAUCUGGCUCAUACGCCGAAGAUGGAACUACCUGAUGGGGCCAGGUUGAAAUGUUGCGACGUCGAUUACGAACACUUCCAUCCGGAAUGCUUUCCAAUCCGAGCCGAUAAUGCUGUCGGCUGCAUGGAAUAUUCCAGGUCGGCGCCGCACCCAGGAAACUCGCUACAGGGAUGCAAAUUGGGUCCUCGACAGCAAAUCAACCAAGCAACAUCGUACUUAGACCUUUCUCCGGUUUAUGGGAGUUCCGAAGAGGUAGCAAAAGCACUGCGCUCCGGCAAGGGUGGUUUGCUUAAUACGCAAAGGAAGAACUUGCCCAUGCCCUCGACGAAGUACGAAAGUUGCAGGAGCAUGAACAAAGCUUUCCCGUGUUUUCUUAGCGGGGAUACCCGGGUAAACGAGAAUCCUGGUCUCACUCUAAUGCACGUACUUUUUCUACGUGAACAUAACCGAGUCGCAACAGAGCUGGGACAACUGAAUCCUCACUGGGACGACGAAAGACUCUACCAGGAAGCAAGAAGGAUCGUUAUCGCGGAAAUGGAGCAUAUAACUUAUAACGAGUUUCUGCCCGUUGUUCUCGGCGAAACAACUCUCGACAAGUACCAGUUGCGGUUAGCAAAUCGAGGAUAUUUUCGAGGAUAUGACACCCGAACGGACGCGACACUCUCAAACUCUGCCGCCUCUGCUGGACUCUUCUUCAUUGCCACGCUGACCCCAAAAACUCUCGACCUAGUUGACUCUCGAUCGGCGUUAAAGUCUGGAGAAAGGUCUUUGCUAUCGGCCUUCUACGCUCCUCAAGAGUUCUAUGAAGCUGGUGCUAUUGAUCGUUUGAUCGUCGGCGCUACAGCUGGACAUUCUAGGAAGCCAUUACCACCGGGACUGAAUGAAAUCCUUUUGGAACGAUAUUUCCACGACGGAAAAAGCAACGAUAUUGCGGUGGAUUAUGCUGCUCAGAUCAUACAACAGGGAAGAGAUCACGGCUUACCGCCUUACGUCAGUUGGCGAUCGUUCUGCGGUUUAUCGCCUAUCAAUAGUUUCGAUGAUCUUAGAGGGAUAAUGGCCAUGGACACCAUAAAUAGACUUCGAAGAGUUUAUCGAAAUGUGGAAGAUAUUGAUUUAGUGACUGGAGCACUUUCAGAAGCACCUUUACCUGAUUCUGUUUUGGGACCCACGUUUCUCUGCUUAUUAGGUCGUACCUUUCGAAACAUUCGUUUAGGUGACAGAUAUUGGUACGAAAAUGCGAACAGUCCCGGAUCAUUCACUCUGAAUCAAUUAGAGGAAAUUAGGAAAAUUAAGAUGGCGCAAAUUUUGUGUUACAAUGGAGAAAGAUUGAGCUGGAUGCAGCCCAGAGCAUUUCUUCUCAGAGACCGUUUUCUAAAUGAAAUGAUAAAUUGUACGACACUAACGAGUCUUUCGCCGAAUUUUGCUGCUUGGAAGGAACAGAAGUCCUAAUUUUUACGCUUUUUAUAAGCGAUGUUUAAUUGUACAUAACAAGCGUUAUUCUUAAUUAUUAUUAAUAGAGAGGCCAGGUGUUCACAUAAUCAGCAUUGUUCCUUACCGUAAAGAAAUUAAACGCCGUGCUAAUUUUAAGUUGCAUUUAACGUUAAGGAACGUGUAGGUACUUGUUUCCUCAAUUAUUAAAUGUAAUUAUCAUAUUCAAUGAGAAUCCAACAUAAAUUCUUCCAUCAAAUAUUUAGCGUGAAAAUGAAUCACUUGUAAAUAAUGUGUAAUUUUUUUACUGUAUGUUUAGCUAAAAAAAGCAUUGUACUUAGAAACUGUAAACGAUAUUCUUUAUAUGCAAAACGUUAUCUAAUACUUUGCAUGUUAAUUAUUCGUCUCAAAUAUUUCAUUCUUUUUUGUACUUUUAUACUUAAUUCUUUUGUAUCUUUGCAAUAUCUAUAAUAAUAAUUUUGUAAUAUGUGAACUUCAUUACUGCAAACUGUAAGCAUAAACGUUUGAAUUUGGUAUUAUUGUUUCUCUGCAGUAAU